AUGAAAAAAGCUAAAUUGAAGAGAUCCAAUAGCUCCGCGGUAAAAGCGCCAAUGCCAAAAGAAAUCGCACCUAAGGCAAAAAAGGUUGAAAGUAUCCAACAAGAAAGUAUCGAAUCAGAUGAAGAAUAUGUAGUGUACAAAGUGGACAGCCCUAAAGUCAUCAGCAUUUCCAAUGAUUCUAAAACUCCGACCGGCAACCCCACAAGUGAUUAUACUCCUCGAAAAUUUAACCAAAAUCCAAGUUCAGCACCUUUUAAAAAGAUAGCGCAGUGUGAUCAAAUUAUAAGCAAUCAGAAUGACAAGGACACUCUAAAAGGUGAUUUUCCUAUUAUAAAGCCGCAGCCACAAAUAAUUCUAUAUGACGAAAACGAGGAUUAUGAAAGUUUACCAAACCUCGAGCCUCCAAAUCAUGAAUUACUCCAAAAGGAAGUUUUAAUAAGCAAAUAUGAGUUAAAUUUAAAGGAAAAAGAAAAUGUAAUAAACAAAUAUCAGGCAAAUUUAAAAGAUCAAGAAAAUGUAAUAAAAAAAUUAAAUACAGAAAUUGAUAAGAAAAAUGAAGAAAAUAAACAGCAAAAGCAAGCUUUUGAGUCGAUUCUUAAGCUUGCUUUGAGCCUUUCUUUAUAUUUAGAUUCAAAAGCUUUAAUAAAAAGUGAAAAUUCUCGUGAAAUUUUAUGAGAAGCUCAAGCAUUGAGCAAAUCCUUUAAAAACGAUAAAAGACUGCAGAAAAUUAGUGAGAAUACUGAAAAAUCUGUGAUGUGCAUUUAUUGUGCUAAAAAUAUAAGUGAGAUGUUUCUUUCUUGCUCUCACAGCUAUUGUAAGAAAUGCAUUUACGACAUCCUGCACUUAGGAACAAAUGGCCUUUUCUUUUUAACAACUUAUGAAAAACAAAAAUAUGGAGUUUUCUGUAGAGAAUGCAAUAAAACUAUUGAAGAAGAUGACAUAAAGAGCAUACUAAACGCCGAUGACUGACAAAAUUGAGAAAACCUCCGCAACCAAAGGCAGAUUGACCAAGAAAACGAGUUUGAGCGCUUAAAAUUAUGCCAAAAAUGCAAAAUCAAAAAAGACGUAUCACUUUUCUAUCAUAGAGACCCCUGCAAGCACAUGUGCAAAGAAUGCAUCCUUGAAUCAAUUUCAGAAGGAAAAACAACGUGUAUUUGCUUAAAGAAGUUUACUUUUGUUCAAGUUGCCAAACAAGAGUUAGGCAUUUGUGAUGGAUGCAAUCAAGAGCUCAGCUACGUUUAUGAUUACUUGACCACUCUUUGUGAUGGACAUAAGCACUGCAAAAAAUGCUUGAAGGAAGUUUAUGAAACUGAUAUGUCAUGCAAAGUUUGCCAAAAGCAGCUUAAUGGAGCUUCGUUUGAAAAGUUGAUGAAGGUUGUUCGGAGACAGUGUGAAAAUUGCCAGCAGUACUUUGAAAAAGAGCAUUUUGUCAAAAAAGCAUGCUGCGAUUCAAAUAUUUGUAUAGUGUGUCAAGGACAGAAAGAGAAUAGCAAGCUUUGUAUGGUUUGCAAUAGUCUGCUUGAAGGUCCUGUUUGUAAGCAGAUUAUGGAUGUUGUUAAACUGAGAGAAAAUAUGCGAGAUGCUGCAAAAAUUCUGGAAAAUUAA